AUUUGGGUAAACUCUGUAGUUUAAUAAUAUAAAUAAAUUUAUUUAGGACAUCUAGAAGAAGAAGAAAUACGCACGCUUGGUAGAGGCGAUUAUUUUGGAGAACAAGCACUGCUUAAGGAAGACUACAGAACUGCGUCAGUAAUUGCUCUACAUCCGGGAGUCGAAUGUCUUACCCUCGAUAGAGAUUCCUUCAAUCAGCUUUUAGGUAGCUUGAGUGAAAUUCAAGAAAAAGAUUACAGGGAUGAAGAACGGAUGAACAGGCCUGUAGUUCCUGAACAACAAGAGUAUGAUUACAUUGAACUUGACGAUCUUGACAUCAUUGGCACAUUAGGUGUGGGAGGUUUUGGUAGAGUUGAAUUAGUACAAUAUACAAAGGAUCCAACUCUCACAUUUGCAUUGAAAUGUUUAAAGAAGCAGCAUAUUGUUGAAACUCAGCAACAAGAACACAUCUACAGUGAAAGGGACAUAAUGUUAAGUUGCAAAAGUCCAUUUAUAUGCAGGUAAUAAUUUUGUAUCUUUCUAAGACUAUUAUCCUCACGAUUAUAGAGUAUAGGUAUCUUUCUGUAUAUUUACGUACGUCCAAAAUGCAAACAUCACGAAUUAGGAACCGAAGGUG